AUGACGGGAACUGAUGACGGCGGCGUCAAGACCAUGGAGGUGGACGGAAAGCAGCAUAAGGAUAAGAAAGCCGAGGAACGAUGGAAUCAACUUCCGUGGGUAGAGAAAUAUCGGCCUGACAAACUGGACGAUUUGGUGGCUCAUGACGACAUUAUACAGAUUAUCAAAAACCUGAUUGAGCAAGAUCAGCUCCCUCACCUUCUCCUCUAUGGGCCUCCUGGGACUGGAAAAACUUCGACAAUCGUAGCGGCAGCCAAGAAGAUGUAUGGGAGUCAUGCAGCCUACAAGAGUAUGACGUUGGAAUUGAAUGCCAGUGAUGCCAGGGGAAUUGAUGUGGUUCGCAAUCAAAUCAAAGAAUUUGCCGGGACAAAGCAACUCUUUAGCAAGGGGAUCAAAUUGAUUAUUCUAGAUGAAUGCGAUGCCAUGACCAACGACGCCCAAUUUGCACUCCGUCGCAUUAUUGAAAAAUACACCAGCAAUGCCCGGUUUUGCUUGAUUUGCAACUACGUUUCCAAAAUCAUUCCCGCCUUGCAAAGUCGAUGUACUCGAUUCCGAUUUGCACCCUUGGCACGAGACCAAAUUGAAGGACGUCUCACGGAAAUUGCCCAAAAGGAACACUGUAACACAACACCCGACGGAAUGGAUGCCAUUUUACGACUCUCGGGGGGAGAUAUGCGUCGGGUACUCAAUCUACUACAGGCCACAUCCAUGUCGUCGGACGAAAUCAAUGGAACCACGGUCUAUCAAACGUCGGGGGCACCGCUGCCUACGGACGUUACCAUCAUUCUAGAUCUGCUCCUGAAUCAAUCCAUGCAAACGGCCGUGACAGAUAUCCUCAAGCUGUGUGGAACAAAAGGGUACGCCCUCGUGGACAUUUUGCAGGAACUCACAUUUGAAAUCACGGCUCUCGAUUUGCCGGGGCCUGCUCUGGCGACCAUGUUGGAUGGAAUGAGUGACAUUGAACAUCGUCUUGCCUUUGGAACCAGCGAAAAGAUUCAAACGGCAGCUCUGGUGGGUGUCUUUGUCAAGGCUCGACACCAAAUGGAAAUGGCUUCCGAGUAA